AUGAAGCUCUUGAGCGUCUGUUGCUUGCUAUUCAUUUCUGUUUUCCUUUAUUCUGAGGCCAAGAGUGAGUGCAAGUGCAAACCCCAGUAUCCACAAGAAGCCUUCUGUGAUGAUAACGCGUUUGUUAUCAAAGCAAAGAUAUUAAGCAGAAAGAAACUGUCAUCUGGUCCUGGUUCAGAAAAUCGUGUUUAUAAAGUCAAAGUCUUAAAGGAUUACAAGAACACCUUCGAUCCUAUUCGAGGAAUAGAAAAGAUUUACACAAGUUCGUCACGUGAACCAUGUGGUGUAUAUUUCAGAAGGAAAGCAACAUAUAUUAUAAGUGGCCACAAAUCCGGUGCUUAUGGAAAGUUAACAACAAGUGCUUGUUCCUGGAGCCAAAAGAUCUGCACUAUCACAUCCUUCCAAAAGUUUGCUCUCAAGACUGGCCUGUACAAAAAGAAUUGCCAGUGUAAGAUUUUGGAUUGUUCGGAGGGAUAUUGUAAUCCGCCAACAGGAGAGAACUGCGUAAUUAAAUCCAACAGAAACUGCUUCCUGAAAAAGAACGCAUGCGUCCAAAAGUCUUCCUAUGAUGCCCUGCAGUGUGGUUGGAAAUCAAAUGCAUGUUCUUCGAAACCUCACUAUGGAACCAGCAAGGAGGUCGUCUACGAACCCGUCGACACGGAAGUUCCGGACCACGUCUACACUUCCGGUGAACAUGUGGUCCACAAACUCUUUAAUCCGCAGGUAAAACCAGAUCAACAUAAAGGACCGGAAGACAAAAGCAUUGUCAUAGAACCUUACACAAAGCAUGUGUAUGAAAAUAUUGACCAUGUUUGACAAAAAGUUGUUGGCCUCUAGAUGCUGUCGUUUUAAAAAAUAACACAUUUCAAUUAUAUAUAUGAUUAUUUUAGAUAAAUACCACUGAAUUAAAUUUUACAUCAUGUAAGCAAUUUCUAUUUGCCUUC